UUAAAGGCAUCGAAAAUGUUUAGAGUUCCACAUUUAUUGAAAUAUGAAACUCAAUACGAUGUUCAAGAUUUGAAGUUCUCCAAACUUGUGGAUUAGUUAAGGUUGAGAUUAUCUCUACACAAGUUUGAUGUUAUAUUUGGCAUUUGGAGCAUUGUGAAGUUGAGACUUGAGAGUGUAUAGAAGGCAUUGGUGUGCAAGUGUAAUGUGUCCGUCGUAUUUGCCUCUGCGGUGGGAGAGCACGGGGGAGCAAUGGUGGUACGCCACUCCGAUCGACUGCGCCGCCGCGAACGGCCACUACGAUCUGGUGGUGGAGCUUCUCCACCUCGACGCCAACCUCCUCACAAAGCUCACCUCCCUCCGCAGAAUCCGCCGCCUCGAGACCGUCUGGGACGACCAGGCACGUGUGGCGAAGCACCGCUCGCACGUGGCGAGAAGCCUCAUGCUCGAGUGCGAGGCCGAGAACGGACGCAACUCCCUCAUCCGCGCCGGCUACGGCGGCUGGCUCCUCUACACCGCGGCGUCGGCCGGCGACGCCGAUUUCGUGCGGGAGCUGCUGGGGAAGCGCCCGGCGCUGGUGUUCGGGGAAGGCGAGUACGGCGUGACGGAUAUUCUUUACGGUGCGGCGAGGAGCAAUGUGUGCGAGGUGUUUGAGAUUCUGCUGCGUUGCGCUCUCUCGCCGAGGGAGGGAGCGGCGGUGGAUGGGGUUUUCCAGAGGGAUAUGGUGAACAGAGCGGCUCAUGCUGCUGCCAGAGGAGGGAACUGGGAGAUGCUCAAGAAGAUUCUGGAAGAACAACAUUCUCCUCUUUUGGAGUUUAGAGAUGCCAAUGGAUGCACCGUGUUGCAUAGUGCUGCUGGUAGAGGGCAGGUUCAGGUGGUGAGAAAUCUACUUGCAUCAUUUGAUGUUGUAAAUUUAACAGAUGCUCAAGGGAACACCGCAUUGCAUGUAGCUUCUUACGGGGGUCACUUGCCUGUGGUUGAGAUCCUAAUUCUUGCAUCACCCUCACUGGCAUUGUUAACCAAUCACUAUGGAGAUACUUUUCUUCAUAUGGCAGUGGCUGGUUUCAGAUGUCCUGGUUUCCGCAGACUGGACAAGCAUAUUGAGCUCAUGAAGCUAUUGGUAAGUGGAAAGAUUGUGAACUUACAGGACAUUAUCAAUGUAAAGAACAACGAUGGAAGAACGGCUCUACAUGUAUCCGUGAUGGAUAAUAUCCAGUGUGAGCUAGUGGAAUUGUUGAUGUCUGUGCCAUCAAUUGAUUUGAACAUUUGUGAUGUUGAUGGGAUGACCCCUUUGGAUCUUCUAAAACAAAAACCACGAUCAGCAUCUUCUGAUAUUUUAAUCAAGAGGAUAAUUUCCUCUGGAGGGGUCUCUAGUUGUAAGGAUGCUGUAGCAGGAAAUGCCUUUUGUAAUAAUCACAAAGGUUAUGUCAUUGGAGGCAGUCCUGGGACUUCAUUCAGAAUACCAGAUGCAGAGAUAUUCUUGUACACUGCCAUUGAGAAUUCAUCAGAUGCCAAUUAUGAAUAUGAUCAAGCAAGUGUGGAAUCACAUUCUUGCUCCAACGAACUAAGCAAUUCUGACUCACCCAAUUCCCCACGUAUCAAGAAGUCUAGUUCUGUCAAUUAUGCUUCAAGGCCAUCAAAAUUUCGCCUCAAGUGGGCCAGAAGAAGAGAUACAAGAUCAACUGCUUCAGAAUUGGAAGAUGAUCAUUCUCUUGAUCCUUUUAGUUCAAGUAGAAACUUGGAAGAGUUUCCAAUCCCAUUAAGGCAAAGAUACUCACAACCAUGUUCCCUUCCAAACAACAAGAGAACAUCUCUUCCAAGUCCAUCCUCCAAAGUUAAAUUCACUUCAGGCGUGACGCAAGGUGUGAUUCAGCUAAAGCCACAUCCUAGUCCUUUCCAAGAACUAUCUGUGGCUUCUCUUUCUUCCAUCAAGAAAGAAAAGGGUGCUGAUAUAAUGGGACCCUCUUCCUCUAACCGAUCAAUAGAUGAUGGCACACUUCUAUUGAACUACAAACAGUGUUCCUUCAAUAAGAAAUUGAUGAAUGGAUAUUUUUCUUUUGGAGCACAAGGCCUGGCUGUUGAAGAUUCCAAUAGCUGCGCAAAGUCAAAUAGGAGUUACAAGCGUUUAAGUUCCUUAGUUGCAUAAGGGUUGUGACAUGUGAGUUGUGACCAAUUUGCUGAGAACAUGAAAAAUAACAGAUUAUUAUUUAGCUAGUAAUGACAAGUUUGUAAAAGUUACUGGAAAAUAUGCCGAGAGUGACAGAGUUAAGGUAAUGAUAUCUGCAGUGUUCAGCGUAUAGUAGAAAAACAACAGCCAAAUCCAAAUUCAGUGCCAGUUGGUGCUUGUUUUGCUUUUCUUGUUUGACAUAUUAUUUACACUGGAUCUUCUUACUACGA